UCUCUAUAAAUAGGCUUCCAAACACACUUCUAUUUCUACGUAAGAAUCCUCCUCCACACAUACAUUUUGUUCUAUCAUAUUAAACUACAAAAGAAUGUCUGUGAUACAGGUGAGGGUCCCGAACCUCGACUGCGAGGGCUGUGCCACAAAGAUUCGGAAAGCUCUCUUCAAGCUCGAAGGAGUAGAUGAAAUAGACAUAGAAAUGGAAACACAGAAGUUUACCGUAAGAGGGCAUGCAGUGGAGGAGAAGAAGGUAAUCAAGACCGUCUGUCGGACUGGGAAAGCUGCCGAACCAUGGCCAUUUCCAGCUUACUCCCAUUACUCAUCAUUUUAUAAAUACCCGGCCCAUAUAGCGAACCACUACUACGAACUGUCCAGCAACGAUCUGGCGAGUGUACACACUUUCUUCCGUACUCCCGCAACAUACUCAGUGGCUGUGGCAUCUGAUGAAGCUGUGGCAUCCCUUUUCAGCGAUGAAAAUCCACAUGCAUCCACCAUCAUGUGAUCACGUGGUUUUUUAUUUAUUUUUUAUUUGUUUUUUAUUAAAUGUUCAACGGAUAAGGUUGUAUUGUUUUGUUAUUGAGAAAUGAUCCAGUGGUUUAGAUCAUUAUAAGUUACA